UAUCAUGCCAAAUUUUGUAAGUAUGCGAAGUUUCAUAAGAAUCCGUUGCAAACUCAUGAAAAAAUUUGUGGCCCCAAACUUGACAGUUUUUGCAAAGAAAAUGUUUCCUCAGUCGGGGAAAACCGUUGCUUUGGAGCACAUCUGUCACGCUACGGAGUCACGCGAGGAUUUGUGACAUUACAAUACCAGCUAUAUAAAGUACUCGUUGAAACACGUGCAAGUAGACAAUAUGGCGGCGUCCUCGAAACUCUACACACACGUUACAGUACAGUGUAAACGUUUGUAGGGAAGAUUUCAAAUGUAAAAAGAAGCAUGAAGAAAAGAAAAGGUGGAGAUGCAGACGAAGACGGAAUGCCGCAAAGGAAGAGAAAGGCUUCUAGUCUUGUAGACGAGAGGCAAAACAACAACAAACCGAGUGAGUUUUUGCGCACGGCGAAGGGGUUGUUACAGAGAGAACAGACAAGACUUGCGGGUUUGAAAAAACUUUUGAAUGCACUAAAUGGAUCGCAAAAUAAGGAAUCAGUGGAAAGCAUCGUCAAGGAGGGAGCAGAGUUUCAGGAGAUUUUCAAAAUUUUAGAAGGAGGCCGACACAAUCUUUCUCAGCUUGAGGUAGAGUUGAUAUACAAGUACACGUGUAACUUUUAUUUUUCAUGUUAUGUCCAGUGA